CGGUGCGGAGCGGGACUGCGACUUGUACUUUGUUGUUGUCGUUACUCGUUAGAUUAUAAUUUUGUUUCUAUCUUAGUCCGUGGUGUUUACUAAAACUAAAUAAUUAUUAAUCGUUAAUUUACUGAUGUCUGAUGGGUAGGUACUUGAAACAAUAUAAUUUUUAUUUUACGUUAAUUUAAAUUCAAUUGAAAUGCGCUUGAAUACGAUCGUCUUGGAGUCAACCAUUGUGUUAUCUACGAUUUUUGGAAUGUUCUAAUACUGCAAUCGAUAUGUCUAAUAAGCGAGUGUUUUACUUUUACAACCCCGACGUGGGCAAUUUCCACUAUGGGCCUGCACACCCUAUGAAGCCACAUCGUUUGUCGGUCAUACACAGUUUGGUAUUGAACUAUGGUCUCUACAAUAAAAUGAAAAUCUAUCGACCUUACCGUGCUAGUGCUCACGACAUGUGCCGGUUCCAUCACGAUGAGUACAUUGAGUUCCUCCAAAGGGUAACGCCACAGAACUUGACCACGUACAGCAAAUAUUUGAAUCAUUUUAAUGUGGGCGAAGACUGUCCCGUAUUCGAAGGUCUAUAUGAUUUUUGUUCCAUGUAUACGGGCGCUUCACUAGACGGGGCAAUGAAACUAAACAAAAACUGUUGUGAUAUUGCCAUCAACUGGUCGGGUGGUCUCCAUCAUGCCAAAAAGUUUGAAGCAUCUGGAUUUUGUUAUGUAAACGAUAUUGUGAUUGCUAUUUUGGAACUAUUAAAAUAUCAUCCGAGAGUUUUAUAUAUUGAUAUUGACGUACAUCACGGUGAUGGUGUCCAAGAAGCAUUUUAUUUAACAGAUCGUGUAAUGACUGUAUCUUUUCAUAAGUAUGGCAACUGGUUUUUUCCUGGUACUGGUGACAUGUACGAGAUCGGAGCAGAUGUUGGAAGAUAUUAUUCUGUAAAUGUCCCUUUAAAAGAAGGGAUUGAUGAUUUUAGCUAUUCUCAAGUGUUUAAACCUGUAAUUCAACAUGUAAUGGAUCUUUACCAACCUACAGCGAUUGUUCUUCAGUGUGGUGCAGAUUCAUUAAAUGGUGAUCGUUUGGGUUGUUUUAAUCUGAGUACUAAAGGACAUGGAGAAUGUGUUAAAUUCAUUAAAGAUUUAAAUGUACCUCUUUUAACAGUUGGUGGUGGAGGGUAUACUUUAAGAAAUGUUGCUCGGUGUUGGACAUAUGAAACAUCUCUUUUAAUUGAUGAAGACAUUAGUAAUACAAUUCCUGAACAUGAAUAUCGUGACUAUUUUGCUCCUGACUUUUUAUUACACCCUGAAGUGGUAACACGACAAGAAAAUGCCAACAGUAAACAAUACUUGGAACUUAUUGUUAAACAUACCUAUGAUAACCUAAAAAUGGUACAGCACUCGCCAAGUGUACAAAUUCAAAAUGUACCUGGUGAUGCACUUCCUACCGAGGAAUUUAAUGCUAUUGCUUUAGAUGAAGUUGAUCCAGAUGUUAGACAAUCACAGGUUGAACUUGAUCGGAGAGUUGAUGCACCAAAUGAAUUUUAUCAAGAUGACAAAGAUCAGGAUUUUGAUGAAACUAGAUAAAUUGAUUACUUAAUAAUUCUUGAUAAUUUGUUCAAUAUUUGUUUUAAAUGUAAAUAUAUUCAAACAGAUCAGGGUAAACAUUUUAAUAAAUUGAGAAAAAAUGUUUAGUAUUCAAACACAUUCAUUUUUAAUAUUUUUACAUUAAGAGAUAAAAAAAAAAAAAUAAUUAUCUUAUAUGUGCGUGUGUUACCUUGUAAAGUUAUAAGGUAUAUUUUUGUAUGUUAUAAAAACAUGAUUAUAGAAUAUUUUUUUUUAUAAUUAUACAACGUGUAUAGUUCUGCGUUAAAAUUUAAAAUCAAAUUAUUGUACUUUGUAAAUGUAAAGGAAACAAUUAAUUAUAUUAAAUAUACAGUAUGAUUAACAAAGCAUUGCUUAGUAAUUUUUAGUUUGGUAACAAAAAUUAUUAACACUCCUAAUUAUUGUUUGAUAUUAUUGUAUUGCAUGCUUUGUACAUCACCUAUAAAUAAUUGUUUCAAUAGAUUUGUCAGUUUUAUAAUGUAAUAUAUUGUAUAAAUGUAUAAUAUUUGUAUUCAUAAACAAGACUAGUAUACUUUAGUCUGACAUUGAGUAAAGUUGUUAGGAAAAUGUCCCACGGCUUCUUUCCCAAAAAUUUAAAACUUAAUCAGUUAUCUUAAGCCCUUGUUGCUCAUUUUGAUAAUUUGGAAACAUAUUAUAAUCACCUUAAAGCAUGUUAAUGCUUUUUAUAUUUGUUUAAGCUGGAUCAUUAGUACUAUGCCCAAUACCUGCACAAGAUGAUUUAUCUGGUAUUAUAGGAUUUAUGUUGAUGUUUUUUUUUGUCACAAAUUCUAUUUUGCGGUAAAACUUUGCUUAUUUAUUUGAUAAUAAUUUUUACUGUUCCAACAUUGUUGGUAGAACUGAUGAUUGUUUUGUAUUUUUUGUUGAUGUAAUUGGUGUAGAAAGUGAGAUUUCAUUAUUUUGUAGUAACAUUAUACAUUUAAGAGUAUCAUAUUAAUAUAUAAUAUAUCCGGUGUUUUACUCGCUAAAUCUUUCACGUUUUUAACGUUUGCUUGGGUAGUAUUAAUUGGUGUAAUUGUUAUAAUUUUAAUAUAUCCUUCAGACAAUUCCAUAUUUUCCAAUUUUGGUGGUCGGUAUUUAAUUGACUUGUUGUUGUGGAGUGUCCAGCAUCGGUGACUGAUUUGAUUACCUUGAUUUUUGACUUAUAAAUUUUCAUUAUAUUGCUCAGUUUUUGCUUUUGACUUAUUACUCCCUUUAAAAAAAUGUACUUGAAAUUCUACAAUGAUGAAUACUUGACAUUAUCAUAUCUAUACAUUUUUUUAAAAAUAUUUAAUUGUGUUAGAAGAUUUUUAUUAUUUAUUGUAUCAAAAUCCAUUUUUAAUAUCUAAAUAUGAAAUACAUUUUUUAAUGGGCUUAGGUACAUUCAUAAUUUAUUAUUCUCUCAAAUUAUAUAAGCAAAUUGAAAUGGUUUUUUUUAUAAUUUAUAAAAUGUAAUAAAUAAUUUGGUUUUACUUGAGGAAUAAUUUAAAUAAAUUAAAAAUCAUGUAUCUAUUUAUUUGUAUUAUUUCAAUGUAUACAUUGUAUAUAAAGUAUCAUUACUUGUAAGAUAUCUAGUAAAAUUUAAUUUUUCUAUAAUUUUUUUGUAUUCUAUUAUUUGAAAAAGUUUGUAUAUUUUAUAAACUAUUAAAUGUAUAGACUGUAUAGUAGUUGUGAAUUUAUGACGAACCUAGAUUAAAAGUAAAAUGUGAGUGUACUACUCAAAAAGCGUUAGGUAUAUUAUUUUGUUAAAGAGACAAUGCAACAUUUCAAAAAUAAAAUCAGUUUGACCAGUAUUAUAUCAUUAAAAGUUUCGGAAAUAUAUUUUAACUAUAAUGAUUUAAGAUUAUAAUUGAAUGGAUGUUGUAAAACAUUUAGUUAUAUUGUAAUACUUCAUUUUAACUCUAUACAUUUUUAUUUGGAUGGGUUCAAUGCAUAGGUGGUCAUUUGAUUGUAUUGUAGGGGGCUAGAAUAAUCCAAUGUAAAGUAACCAGCCGGGGGUGAAUAUCUUAAAUUUUUUAAAUAAUAGUGUAAUAGAUAAUCAUUAAAAAAAAUAAUGGUAAUAAUAACAUUUUGAAUAGUUUCAAUGUGGGGGGAGGGCUAUUGAAAUUUCUGGGGACUGAGCCCACUGAUGAUCCCCUAUGAGUAUUUUUAGGAGGGCUGAAGCCUGAGACCCCUCCAGUCCCUUUAAUAUUGUAGGCAUCUACAGACCCAGAAUCCAGAUAAAACCAGCAAGUUACCGAGGUUAACUCGGGGCUACAUUUUGGUAAAUUAAGUAUUAAGCAUAAUUGUAUACUAAAUUACUAACCAAUUUUAACUAGUUUUGGGCUGGUAAAAGUUUUAAGACUUGAUGGGUCACCGGGUCGGUACAUUCUCUUUCUGGAACUCGGCAUCUAUUCUGAUUUAGAUAAAACGUUAGGUGGUAUUAUUUAUUAUUAUUUAUUUCAAUAAGUAAUUUGUUUUGUCUGUUAAAAUUGUAAAAAUAUAAAUUGUAACUUAUUUAUUUUUGUUUGCACUAAUUGUGUUGUUAGUUUAGAAAUUAUUAUAAUAACAUAAUAUUAAUGCUCAUACUUUUAAGUCUUUAGUCACCAAUCGCCAUUAGUCGGUCUUGUAUAUAGUUUUAUAAUAUACCUCUUCUAUAUAGUGUUUAGAACGUA